AUGCGGCUACCACUGCUUCUACCAUUGGCUUUUUUUAUUCCGGCAUUAUGUGUUUACCAGGCCGUUACGGUUAAAGGAAUUGUGAAUUGUCGAGGGCAACGACAACCUGGCACAUUUGUGCAGCUCUACGACGAAGAUUCCAUUUUUGACGAUGACGAUCUAUUGGGUUCGGUGAUUGCUGAUCAUCGAGGUGUUUUCUGCGUUAAAGGAUUCACUGAUGAAAUUUCCAUAAUUGAGCCAUAUAUUCUGAUUGAACAUAAUUGUGGGUAUGAAGGACUUAACGAGAAGAGAACCUUUACACGUGCAAUUCCUGUUGAAUAUAUUUUUGAAGGCAAAAAAGCGAAGCAUGUCUAUCAUAUGGGUGACAUUGAACUACUUACUCCUGAUGCUCCUGUGCAAAAAUACGAAAAGCGAAUGUACAUUGAAACCUCAAUUGAUGAGAGAAUUCGUCAAUGCAUUCCAGUAUAUGUUCAAUAUAAGAGAUUUUAUGAAAAGACCGUCUUCGAAAGCUCGAAGACUGCUGUUGAACUGCCAGUUGACAAAGAUAUGGACGAACCUGUUAUCGAACCAACGAAUGGUGAUUCUGAGAAUGUCGAUGAACAGAUAACUGAACAUCCUGUGCCAAUUAAUGUUGAUGAGAAGAUAAAUACGGAAACCGAAGAAGAAAGACUGCAGCGAGAAGAGCAACGUCUUGAGGAAGAAGAAAAACGACUUGAAGAAAUCAGAAGACUUGAGGAAGAAAAAAUUCGAUUGGAAGAAGUACGAAGAAUUGAAGAAGAAAAGAAAAGAAUCGAAGAAUUACGACGGCAAGAAGAGGAAAAUCAAAGAAAGGAGCUCGCAAGAAGAGAAGAAGAACGCCUUCGUGAAGAAGAACGACGUGCCGAAGAAGAAAGAAGACGCAUCGAAGAGUUUAAAAUCCAAGAGGAACGCCGAAAAGAACAAGAAGAAGAGCAUAAGAAACGAUUGGAAGAAUAUUACAAACGAGAGCAGGAGCGCCAAGAAUCUUUGAGAAGGAGAGAAGAAGAAUUGAGGAAGCGCAUGGAAGAACAAGGAAAGACAAACGCUGAAAUAGUCGCAAAACCUGCUGACCCAUGCGUGCAUUACCCAAUUGUUUCUCAAAAUGGGCAAUUGAGUCGAUCCAUGGAAGUCAGACACGAAUAUAUUGAAGAUCCUUGCCUUCGCAAAUGA